AAAAUCUUCAGCAAAAUACUUCAAACAGCCUUUAACAAAUACAGUAUACCUACGUACACCUGACCAGUCCUAAAAUCUUAACACAAUGGCAACUGAAAAAGGAAUGAAGGAGCACCUUCGUCUGGUUCUCAUUGGCCUUCAGGGAGUCGGAAAGAGUGCAGCAGGAAACACCAUUUUCGGCAGAGAUGAGUUUUUGUCUGACGUCAGUGCCACAUCCCUCACAUUAAAGAGUGAAAUGCGAGAUGCUGAUGUCUGUGGGAGGAGAGUGACUGUUGUGGACACACCUGGCUUAAUAAACAGUGAACAGUCCAUUAUAGAGGUAGAGGAGGAGCUAAAGAGAGCUUUGUCUCUGUGUGAACCAGGACCCCAUGCUUUUCUCCUUGUUAUUCAGUUAGGUCGCUUCACUGAGCAGGAAAGACAGGUGAUGGAGACACUGCAGAAGAUGUUGUGUUCAAAUGUGAAUAUGUUCACCAUAGUGCUUUUUACGUAUGGAGACAAACUCAAAAAUAAAAGUUUAGACCAGUUUGUCAGAGAGGAUAUGAACCUGCAGAAACUUAUCCAGCAAUGUGGAUCACAAUAUCAUGUGUUCAAUAACACUGACAGAGAAAAUACAUGUCAAGUCAGUGAGCUCUUUGAGAAAGUGGACAGUCAGCUGAGAAAGAGAAGCAAACAACCAUAUUAUGUUAGGAAAGCUAGCGAGCAGAGAAGCCGCUGGAAACCACAGCUCUUCUACAUUGCCGCCGCUUCUGUUGCAGUGCUAUUAUUGUGUGCAGCUCUCCUCAAGACACAAAGGCAAGGCACAAAUGGACCACCAGCUAUCGUUUUUCCAGUUCUCAGCACUGAGAGUGUUCAAAGUGACAAGACUGUAACAAAUGUAGAUAAAAUUGCCACUGACGAACAGACAAGUGAAACACUUUGGGAAAUCGUACAAAGUGUAUUCAAAAAGGAAAACAGAGCACAAUUUUGCUUAGUGGGUUUAGUAUCACUUUUAAUUGCGAGGAAACUAAUAAAAUAGAGAAUAGAAGAAAUGUAGCAGGCAUUGUUUUAAUGAGAGGUUCAGUACUUAGUACCCAUGUUGCCUGUCUGAAUGACAUUUAAAUGAUAUAAAAAUGAUUUAGGAUUAAACGCAGUAAGUUUCUACAGUAGAGGUUUAUUUACACAUGAUUGUUUCUGUCUUUUAUAACAUACCUGUUUGAGACUGUAGCACCUACUGGUUGAUGGGAAAAGGUUAACAUUAUGCCAACUUUUGUAAAUGAUAACGUUUUCAAACACUCUAAUUUUACAGUUGUGCUUUCAUGUUGUGAAAUAAAAGAUGUGUCUUGAAAAUGUGUCUUUUUUCAUAAACUGAUUUUCAGUGUUGGGUACUAAUGGACUAGAUGUAAUCUGAUUACAAUUACAUGUCAGAUUGAAAAAUGAGUACUUGUAAUUAGAUUACAUUACGUUUGUCUUUGCAACAAAGUUGUAAAAUAAGAUAUUCAGUAACUUUACCCAGAAAAGGUUAGAAAGUGAUUUUAUCACACUAAAAUUUUAUAUUUUUUAUGUUUAUCUUUUGAAACAGUGAGUAUUUUAAUGUUUAUGGAUUAGCCCCAUUCAAUGCCAUUGUAAGUGGCAAGUGCCUAACACUUACAUUUGUUCCUUUUGGGGUUUUUUUUUUAAGAAAAGAAGGAAUUAGUCAAAUUUUUGGUGGAAAUCAACUUUAUGCCAAAGAUAUUGUCGAUUGAGUUUAACUUGUAUAGAACCCAGAUUAUUCCUACACUUAAAUUAAAUUGACUCAAAACCUUUUAAUAAAUCGCAUAUUCCAAAACUAAUCAGAUGACCUAAAAGUGUAAUCUAAAAUAUAAUGUCACUGAUGACAUUUUUAAUUGUGUAAUUUUUAAAUAGUAACAGAUUACAUUUCCGAUGUUGCAGUUGAUGUAUUCAUCUAUUUUCAUGCAUUUUGAAUCAGGAGGUCAAAUAGUCUUUUUUAGAUUUCAGUCAUGUUAGAAAAGUACAAUGCAUGCAAGGCAGCACUGUACAGUAUAUUGCUAUUUCACAAAUAUGUUGUCACAAUAUAUGACAUUAAAUUCCAAGAUUCAUUGUGUAGCAUAACAACAUUGUGAUCGUGUUAUUUAUUGUAUUGCUUUUAACAGUGCAAGACCAGCAGAAUCCAUGUGGCGAGCUCAGGAUAUGUCUCUUGGGGAAGACUGGAGUUGGAAAAAGUGCCACUGGAAACACCA